UUAAAGACCAAUAAACCAUUGUAGAAAGGAGUAGUCCGAAGGUAGAGGAGAGAAACAGAGAGCAAUUUCAUUUCUCAACCGUGUAAGAAGUCGAUGAAGCGGCGGCCGAUAGACGGAUCGGACGCCGGAGAUCCGCCGGAGAUCGAGGAAAAAAGAGCAAAACUGGACCGCGGCGAGCAAGAGGAAGGGGAAGUGAUUAUUUCCCCUUCCAAGGAAGAUGCAGCGCCGGAGCUAGGGGAUGACCUCGUUUUCGAGAUCCUCAAAAGGGCUGACGCAAGGUCGCUGGCAGCUUCGGCUUGCGUGAGCCGGCGGUGGCGAUCUCUUGCAGAAGACGAGCGGCUCUGGGAGGCAGUCUGCACCCGGCACUGGGCCAGCAUCGGCUGUGGAAACCAGCAGCUUCGUUCGGUGGUGCUUGCGCUGGGCGGAUUCCGUCGACACCACUCGCUCUACCUCCUCCCUCUCCUUCGACCCACGGCCGGCGCCGGCCGACCCCGACCGGCCCUUCCGCUUCCGCUUCUUGCCGCCUCGCGCAGCCCCUCGUGCCUGCCCGCCCGCUGUGGAAAGGACGAGCUUCUGCUUUCACUCUCUCUUCUCUCCAUAGGCUACUUUGAGAAGAUGAAUCUUAAUUACCCUCGCCCUCGCCCUGGUGGUGGCGGAUCGGGGGACGCUGCCGGUAGCGGAGGAUGAGAAACUCAGAUUCCUUUCACAGCUGGUGAACAGAUCCGAUUCAGAAACCCUUCCCGAUAUUUUGCAAUUAUCGCGUUAUUUUUGUGCCUUUCUCUUGUUUGUGUUCUCGAUUUGAUGUAUAAUUAAAUACGCAAGUGGGUGAACUUUGUUUUAUCUUCUCAACUUUAAUAUAAUUCUUACUUUAUUAUUAUUGA